UCGCUGUGGCUCUGUGGUUGUUUUCUCCUCCCUCUCAGGAAACUCUCUGUCUCUCUCUCUCUUCGCUGUGUAUAUAAGUAAGCAGUGGGUAGGCUUUUCAGCAGACACAAAAAAACUAUGCUAGAGUACUGUAGAUGUAGAGAGGUGUGUGUAGUGUAUCGGCAGCCGUAUGUGACUGAAGCAGCGGCGUGGGAUCUACAGGAUGAUUGACAGUUGCCUGUGCUGAGUCACGUAGCAGAAUGCUCGGUGUGCCCUGCGGGGCCUUGCAACACCACACUGUGCCCGUAGCCUGUGCCAUCAUCUGUUCCUGGCUGUUGAUCCUGGUCCAUUCUGCCUUCUGCCAGAAACCUGCAAAGCUGCCUCUGGUGGGCCGCAAGCCUUUCCUGGCAGCCUGGAAUGCUCCACUGGAUAUGUGUACGUUGAAGUACAAUAUCAACGUCAGCCUUGAUCUUUUCCAUAUCAGCGGCAGUCCACGAGCCGUCCACACGGGCCAAAAUGUCACCAUCUUCUAUGCCAACCGCCUGGGUUACUACCCUUUCUACAACGAGCAAGGGGUUCCCAUCAACGGAGGCCUACCUCAGAACAGCAGCCUUGAAGCACAUCUUCACAAAGCCCGAAAAGACAUAACACACUUCAUCCCUUCGGAAGACUUCAGUGGCCUGGCUGUGAUCGACUGGGAGUUCUGGCGGCCGCAGUGGGAUCGUAACUGGCACAAGAAAGACAUUUACCGACAGCGUUCGCGUGAGCUGAUUGCACAGGCUUACCUUAAUGUGACCGACGAACAGGUGGUAGAGCUGGCACGCUUGCGCUUCGAGAAGAGCGCCAUGGAGUUCAUGCAGGGCACGCUGAAGCUCGGUACACAAACUCGUCCGAACGGACUCUGGGGUUUUUAUCUCUAUCCUGACUGUCACAAUUACAAUGUACAUGCACACGACUACAACGGCACAUGCCCCCUACAAGAGAGCCAACGUAAUGAUGAGCUGUUUUGGUUGUGGAACAGCAGCACUGCCCUCUUCCCAGCCCUCGCUAUACGCAAAAGCCACAUGGACAGCAUUCGCAACCUGCACUUCUCACAGAACAGGGUACUGGAGUCAGUGCGACUGGCCUCCCUUACCUCAUUGCCCUAUGAGCUGCCUACAUAUGUAUACACACGCUUGGGGUAUAGAGACGAGGCCAUGGCUUUUCUGACCCAGAAAGACUUGAUACAUACAAUAGGAGAAAGUGCUGCUUUGGGAGCUGCAGGAUUUGUCAUCUGGGGGGAUCUUAACCUCACUUCUUCAAGGCACAACUGUUCCAAAGUGAAGGCAUUUCUGAACCACAGACUGGGUCAGUACAUCACUAACGUAACCCGGGCAGCAGAAAUCUGUAGCGACUUACUGUGUCAGUCCAACGGACGUUGUGUCCGUAGAGACCCACAGGCACCACACUACCUGCACCUGAGCCGCGGCAGCUAUCGGAUCCUGUCCAAUCGGAACGGAACUUUCACCGUGAUUGGACAGCAAUCUAAGAACGAGCGCAAGAUGCUGGCCAACAGGUUCCGCUGUCACUGUUACCAGGGGUAUGAGGGAGAGCGCUGUGAUAGCAUAAAGCCGGAGGAGACAGAGGAGGACAACAUGAUAAAAGAGGAUGUGGAGGAAGAGAAGGAAAUAAAGAAACCAGUGGUCGACAAAGACAUAAGAGAUAGAGCUGUGCCUUUACAAAACGCCUUCAUCCUGACUGUUCUACUCCUCUUGUUGAACUUAAGUUCUAUUUAGAGGUGAAGUGUGUAAUUUCUGCACAGCUAACAUCAUCAGGUGGAACUGCAAAAAAAAAAAAAGUUGUUUCCAAACAGCUUUCCCCAAACACUCCCCCCUGUCUGCCAUUGGUUGAACAGAUAUCCCCACCCCAACCUCACAUAAUUCCUUAAGCCACUGUUGGCAUAUUCAGAUUCACGAACAAAAAGAGAAAUGUUUUGAAAAUGCUACAGAGCUAAUGUUUACUAGUGGUCAACCCAAAUUGAUUUUUUUGAUAGGCAAUGUCGGUAUCUUAUAGGGGUGCGACAAUAGAUCAAUAAGUGGAUCGAUUCUGCAUUUUACGCAAAUGCAUCGCAAUUCUCUUUCAAAUCGAUUCUGAACUUACUGUUUAACAGCAGAUGACACUGCGUGCAUUAGAAACAGCCAUACUCUACUUGCAUUAAAAACUAGCCUAGAGCACCAUCUGCUGUUAAAAACUAACCUCAGAAUCGAUUCCAGAGAGAAUCACAAAGCAUUCAGAAAAUUGAACUGAAACGAUUAAUCGUCAUCUUAGUAUCUUAUUCCACUUUUCCACCAGGGACUCAUAAACUCCUGGGCUGGUGCCCAGAUACUGGUUCCGAACCGGCCCUGAAACCUUGGUGGUCUCGAACAAGGGAACCUAUGAUGUCAGUACGAGGAGAAGGUUGCCUUUUUUAAAAACCAUUGGAGUUAUAUAUUAAAUAUAUACAAAAUUGAUUGAAAGAUACCAAAAAACUCCUCUCCAAAUAACUUAUCCGUUGAUGCAAAUAACUAAAAGUUACAAAUAUCAGCCUUAGUGAUAACAGUUCACCACUAGUUUACACUUUUCAAAGCCUAAAUAUAGUUGUAUUUACUCUUAUCUAAGAUUAGAAAAACACACUUCACCUUUAAUAAAAAGUGGCACAUCAUGACUCAGUCAGGUUUUAAUAUUUGUGAUUUUUGCAUUACUGAAAAAUUGAUCAUGGUUACAAUGGUGCUGUAUGCUAAUGUAGAUGAGAUGCAAGCUUUGUUUGCACAAACUUCAGUCUGAAUGGAUUCUAAUAACUGUUCUGGAUGAAUGAUCAAUGAUUGUUAACUUGUCAGUGUUUUCUGACAGGGAAGGUUAAAUCUAUGCAGUCUGUUUUUACAAAGCACUGAAACCAAGAUGCUUCCCGUGACGUAUAUUAGCAAGCUUAUCACUUACAACAGUACUUGCUAUCAGAGCACUUCAAAGUCAGAGAGCACUUCAAAGUCAGGGAGCACUGGGUAUUCAAAACGUAGAUCCACAUAUUAUAUACACAUAAUUCUUUAUAAUCUAAACUGGCCAAAUGUUAUAUUUGUCAAAAUAGCUACAUACCAAAUAGCUAAACUUAAAAAAAAUCAUCAUCAUUUGAAGUGACCUGUGCUAGUGGGUCAAAAUAAUCCUUAGCCUAAUGGUUAAAAAUCAUAAUAAAAUAUUAUGUGCCUCAGUUUACAAUACUCUCAAAUAAGGGAAAACAAAGAAUGCACAAAAUCAUGUUCAGAUGUUAUAGUUCUCAUCUUACUGAAAGUUGUAUAAAAUACAGAACAAAUGCCAACAUGACAUGUUUGUCAAUAUACGAUAUGAAACAAUUAAUCGUUAUGUCAUCAUAUUUUAAGCUUUUUACAAUAUUGCACACUAGAAUAAAUCAUUGUACUCAUCAUAUUAAUGAUGAGAAAACUCAGUGGACACAACCAGAGUUGAAGCUAGUUGAAUUUCAUUAAAAUACAAAAUAUCUAAUUUUAUUGUUCUUAUCCCCCAAAUUCCUGAUAUGCGUAUUAAACCAAAGAUUAUGAAGAUGUAUGUUUACACAUGUAAGUUUGCAUUUGCUGAGCUACAGAAUGCUGUUGUGUGAAAACUCAUUAUGAUUGUAUGUCAAACUGUGUCUUUUUUGUUUUUGUUUGAAUGAAACCAGAAUGAUUGACACUAAAAACAAACAAAGGUAAUAUACCUCAACAUCUUUCAGUACUUUGAAUACUUUUAAUUAGCAGAAUUUGCAAACUGUAAUGGAGGUCUGCAGAUUGUCUUUCUUCAGGUUGAAGGACCAUGUUUUAUCCCUAUUUUCUGACCCGUUUUGACUCAGUGUGUACAUUUUUCUAAAAUACUGCCUAUUGUAGCAUGUAGACAGUAGUUUGUACACUAUUAUCAGAGCCUUCAUUAUUAGACAGUGUCUUUUUUUUACCUCAGUGCUAAGGUUUUCCAAAUAUAUUUCCAGAGUUUUUUUUAUUCAUCUCAAAGUCAUGUAUGCAAUGUGUAAUUCAUUACUUGAUUUUUUUUGUUUGUUUUUACAUUAAGCAAUACCAUUAAUCAAAUACUCAUUGAAGACAAAUGUUGCUUGACUCUUGAUGCACUGCAAAUAAAGGAUUGU